AUGGCUUCUCCACACCAUCUUCAGCUACACAACAGUGAGGUGUGCUAUGACUCCAGUGGGGAUGGUGCAGUGUGUGUACGAAUCAGCAGUAUCAAACAGCCAAAACAGCAGCGCUGCUCUGAGAGCUUGGGCUCCAACACAAUGUGCGGUUUUGUAGGAGGAUCCAAAUAUUGCAAGUAUAGCAUUUCCUCCAGCUGUAGUUCAGGUGAGUCUGGCAUUCGUAGGCCAGCUGUCAGAAGCCUACGAAAUCAGAGGAAAAUGCCCCAGCUAUUUGAGAGGUCAGUUGGGCCAUUCUGGAACCCGAAGUUUGAUUCCAGUAUUCUUGAGGAUGCGUGUCGUAAGCACUGCUUUCCCCAGACACAGAGGCACUUCCGCUGUGUGCUCUUCUACUUAGCUGUGGCUAGUCUCCUUUGGGGGGUGUACUUUAGUGCCAAUGCUGAUCGAUGUGACUAUAUCACCUUCUUAGUGCCCACAGCCUCCUUCCUGUUUUUCUGUUUUCUUCUGUUCCUCUUCACUUUCACCCGACACUAUGCCCACUGCUACGAUCAGGCCUCACUCCUGCUCAUUAUAGUGACAUUUACUCUCACUCUAGUGCCACAGACCCAAACAUCGGGCUUCAGGGACUUAUACGCUUUGACAUUAGGAGAUGGAAAUGAUGCAGAGGACUUAAAUGGCAUUGAGGGCAAGAACCUUACCCUAGACACUGCCUCUCACGGAAGUUUUUUGGCCACAUGCUUGUCUCCGGUAGGCACCUUCUCCCUUGGCAUGGAGGUGCUUAUGUUGCUCUAUAGUGUCCUUCAUGUUCGUCUCUAUGCCUCAGUGCUGCUGGGUUUGCUGUACUCCGUUUUGUUCGAAUCACUAGGUUGGAUGCACUUAAUCCAUAAAAAUAAAUGGAACCAUCCCAGCGAGGAUCAGGCUGCUGACUGGGAAACCCUUCACUGGUUGGCCCCUGCCAAAGCCCUUUUACACUUGUGUGCUCAUAUUACUGGCAUCCAUCUUUUCAUCAUGUCUGAGGUGCGAUCCCGCAGCACUUUCCUCAAGGUGGGCCAGGCCAUCAUGCACGGGAAAGAUUUGGAAGUGGAAAAAGCACUCAAAGAGCGAAUGAUCCACUCUGUGAUGCCUCGCAGGGUGGCAAAUGAGCUUAUGAAACAGAGUGAUGAGGAUGAAAACACAGUUAAGCGCUACUCAACAGGUACUGCCCUGGCAUCUGUCUCCAGCCCCAGGGGCACCAAGCACAAGAAGACGUCCAUUCCCCGUGGCCAGAUAAUUUUCCGACCCUUCAACAUGAAACGCAUGGAGCCAGUCAGCAUCCUUUUUGCUGAUAUAGUCGGCUUCACCAAGAUGAGUGCAAAUAAGACAGCACAUGCCCUGGUUGGUCUCUUAAAUGACUUGUUUGGCCGCUUUGACCACCUGUGCGAACUAACAUGUUGCGAGAAGAUAAGCACAUUAGGGGACUGUUACUACUGUGUGGCCGGCUGCCCUGAGCCCCGGCCCGACCAUGCCUACUGCUGCAUAGAGAUGGGGCUAGGGAUGAUCCAGGCCAUUGAGCAAUUCUGUCAGGAGAAAAAGGAGAUGGUUAACAUGCGUGUGGGUGUCCACACAGGCACUGUGCUUUGUGGCAUCCUGGGAAUAAAGCGCUUCAAGUUUGAUGUCUGGUCCAACGACGUCAACCUUGCUAACUUAAUGGAACAGCUGGGUGUUGCUGGGAAGGUCCAUCUGUCACAGGCCACUGCAAAAUUCCUGGAUGACCGGUAUGUGCGGGAAGAUGGGAGGAUCACAGAAAGGAUUGGCCAGAGUGUGGUUGCAGAUCAGCUGAAAGGCCUGAAGACCUACCUGAUCUCUGGGAGAAAGAUGGAACGCUCUCAGUGCAGCUGCUCACAUCUAGGCUUCACUGAAGCUGCGCAAGAGGAGUCUCUGAGCAGCAAUCUACACACCCAAAGUCCUGACCUCCCAGGUUCAGCCUCGGCACUGCUACCCAGUGCAGACAGAGCUAAGUCUCCUUGUCCCUCAUGCAAUGUGGUCCUGAUUUCUGCAGAGGAUCUGAACUUUGAGAAAGGAGCUGUUCAUAAUGCUAGUAGUGAUGAAAAGACCAAAGACACAAAGAUGACUUUAAACAGGAACUCACUGACCAUGAAUGGCCUCCUUAGCCCCCACCGAGAGGAGGCUCUGGCCAACAGCCAUGCUUUGCUGUGUAAUAUUCUACAUGAGAAGGAGAAAAAGCGAGGAGGAGGCGUGGUCACCACAAUGAACCACUCUGCCCUCAUUCCACUGCGCUCCAAGAACUUCAGAGAGAGGAGUGAUGCACAUUUUGUGGAUGUUAUAAAGGAGGACAGUCUGAUGAAGGAUUACUUCUCUAAGCCCCCCAUCACCAAGCUGAGCCACAACUUUUUAGAUAAAUCCUUGGAAACAUCUUACAGGACCAGCUACCAGGAGGAGGUGAAGACACAGUCCCCUGUCCAGACCUUUGCUAGUCCGACAUUCAGCUCUUUCCUGGACAUGCUUUUGUGCUGCUUUGUCCUUCUAGUUCUCUCAUUGUCCUGUUUCCUCCAGCCUCUGGUUACCCACCAGUCCUUGCCAGUUGAUGCGCUCAUUGUGACUGCAGUGACUGUCAUGAUAGAAUGUCUGGCACUUGUACUGGCUAUUCAGAGAGCCUUUUUUCUGGACAAGGUGUUGAAUUGCACCAGAACCCUGCUGUGGUUUACCUCUGGCUGGGUCCCCCGCCAUCUGAUUGGAGCAGUACUUGUUUCAUUACCUGCUGUGACGGUCUUUUCCCACAUUACAUACAAUAUGCACCCCUCCAUUCAGUUCACUGUAUUCAUCUGCUGUACGGUCAUUAUAACCAUCAUCCAGUACUGUAACUUCUGCCAACUGAGUUUUUGGAUGCGCUCAUCCUUGGCAACCAUGGUGGGGCUUGUGCUUCUUGUGGUACUUUGGAGUCACCCUAGCAGUGCAUGGGAAAGGUUCUUCCUCAGAUCCGUUGGCUCCAAUGACAACAACAGCAGUGUAGUUCAGUCUUCCAUGGACCCUGGGCUCAAUUUCCAGAAUGUGCUGGGGAGUGAAGCUGUGCUGUCCUUCUUUCUGCUGUUGCUUCUUGUCUGGUUCCUUAACCGUGAGUUUGAAGUAAGCUAUAGACUCCACUACCAUGGCAACAUGGAAGCCGACCAGCACCGAAUUAAGAUCCAGAACAUGAAGGACCAGGCGGACUGGCUCCUGCGUAAUAUCAUCCCAAUCCAUGUGGCAGACCAGCUCAAGGUGACCCAGAGCUAUUCAAAAAAUCAUGAUAAUGCGGGUGUCAUUUUUGGCAGCAUUGUCAACUUCAGUGAGUUCUAUGAGGAGAGCUAUGAGGGCGGCAAGGAGUGCUAUCGUGUGCUCAAUGAGCUCAUUGGUGACUUUGAUGAGCUUCUGCGUAAACCUGACUUCUCCACUAUUGAAAAGAUCAAGACCAUUGGUGCCACAUACAUGGCAGCAUCAGGUCUCAACACACAACACUGUAGUGACCAGGCACAUCCGCACGCUCACCUUCGUGCUUUGUUCGACUUUGCCCUGGAGAUGAUGCGUGUGGUGGAUGAUUUUAAUAAAAAUAUGCUGGGCUUCAAGUUCAAACUGCGAAUUGGAUUUAACCAUGGGCCUCUCACUGCAGGAGUCAUAGGCACAACAAAACUACUGUAUGACAUCUGGGGGGAUACGGUGAAUAUCGCAAGCCGAAUGGACACAACUGGAGUAGAGUGUUGUGUUCAGGUUAGUGAGGAGAGCUACUGUGUUCUUAGUGGAAUGGACUACGAAUUUGACUAUCGGGGCACAGUCAAUGUGAAGGGCAAAGGCCAAAUGAAAACUUUUCUGUACCCAAAGAGUGGGGACAGCGGACCUGUUCCUGAGUACCAGCUUUCUGUCUCACCAGAGAUCCGAGCACAGUUGGAUGGCAGCAUUGGUCGGUCCCCCACUGAUGAGAUUGCAAACACGGUGUCUGCUGCCAGUAGUAAUGGCAUGGGUAUGUCUGUUUCUGUUAGCUCAGGGCUUGUGAGGCAGGGAGGUGCUGUCAAAGAGUUUAAUCACAAAACAGCUGGCAAUUGGGCUCUUUCUACAGAGUCAAAAACCCAACAUUCUGCAUCUGCUGGUCGCUUAAGUUCUGUUCCAGAGACUAGCAUAAGUGGAGGUCUGACAGUAUUCGUGAAACAAACAGACCCUAACUUAAUUACUCCUUCUCUGAGUCCCUGUCAGAUUUAAACUAGUGAAACAGAGACAGUAGUGAAGGACAAAGAACAAGGGUCUAUUUUGAAACGGACCCAACUUUAACACUAAGCAGUUACACAAUACACAAUACUCUUUAUUGUUGCCUCCAAACCUUAAAAUAUGCACUGGAAAAAAUCCUGUAAAUGUUACAGUAAACAACAGGCAGCAGAGUUUCCAGCCUGUUUUUACCUUUGAUAAGAUAAAUGCAUUCUCACA